GGGCCGCCUCGCAGCAGACGCAGAGAGAUGAGGGCGGAAAAUGACUUUCUGAUCGAAGGCGGGGAAAGAAAAAACGUCGACAUACAGUUUAGAGACCUUCCAAGGGAGCAGGACAGUGUCACGACAAACCCCAAGCCCAAAGAAGAGAAAAAAGAAGUUUUUACGAAGGUAAUUCUUCGGCGAUUGCCACCCAGUCUAUCAAAGGACCAACUGGAAGAGCAAAUCAGCCCGUUACCUGCUUACGACUAUUUUGAAUUCUUCUCAGCCGAUCAGAGCCUUUAUCCCCACCUCUUCUGUAGAGCAUACAUUAAUUUCAAAAACCCAGAAGAUAUUGUUCACUUCAGAGACCGAUUUGAUGGCUAUGUAUUCAUCGAUAACAAAGGUCAGGAAUAUCCGGCCAUUGUAGAAUUUGCACCCUUCCAGAAAGUGUCGAAGAAGAAGCUGAAAAAGAAAGAUGCCAAGGCAGGAAGCAUUGAGGAAGAUCCGGAGUACAGGAGGUUUUUGGAAAACUACUGCUGUGAUGAAGAGAAGGUGACGGCAAACCCAGAAACUCUGCUGGGAGAGAUCGAGGCCAAGACCAGAGAGCUCAUAGCCCAGAGAAGCACACCGCUCCUGGAGUACAUCAGAAACAAGAAGCUGGAGAAGCAGAGAAUCCGGGAGGAGAAGCGGGAGGAGAGGAAACGGAGAGAGGAGGAGAAGAGGAAGCGGCGGGAGGAGGAGAAGAGGAAGCGCAGGGAGGAGGAGAGGAGAAAGCGCAAGGAGGCCGAGAAGCAGAAGAAGCUCGCCGAGAAGGAAAUCAAAUUCAAACUGCUGAAGAAGUGUGAGCAGGACGAGGACGUGGACUCAGACAGGCUGAAGGACCGCGGAGACAGUGGAGACGCAGACACUACCAAACUGGACAAAACCUCAGCACACACCAAGGCCAAACACCCGGACAAGGACGCAAAAGACAAAGGCCAGACAGAGAGCGACAGGGAGCAGCGGGAUCACGGGCGCAGGCCGCGGGAGAAGGAGCCGGGCGGGGAGAGACACCGCGGCCGCGAGGAGACGCGGAAGCGGCAGAGGCACCACUACGAGUUCGACAAGUUCAUGCGCCGCAAGGAGGAGACCAAGUGGGGCAAGGGCUACUGCCAGGACCGCGCCAAGAAGGAGGGGCUCCCGCACCACGCGUACGGGCCCUGCCCCGACCCGGGCGCGGAGAAACCGGCCAAGGGCGGCCGGGAGGACGCGGCCAGCAGGAAGGAGCGGAUCCGCAACAAGUCUGUGUUAGCGCAUCAGGAGAAACGGACCUCCCAGUCCCAGGGGCCAGACCAGAUAGCGGGGGCUGUGGAAGCCAAGGACCGGCCCACGAUGCAGCUGUACCAGCCAGGAGUGCGCAGCCGCACCGGGGCGGGGUCGGGGGUCGCGGACUGCUUCAGCACCUCCCCGGAGUGGGGGGCGGAGCCCAGGUACGAGGUCGUCAUGGGAACCGGCUCGGAGAAAAGCGGGGACGAAUAGGCGCAGCCGACGGCCCCCGCGGACCGACGCGGGACCCGCUCCCUCACGUGCGUGUGAAACAGCGCCCGGCCCAUCGACCGCUCUCCCACCACGCCGCUAACACUUCACAAUACGGUCACAUCAGCUCACAUUCACCAACAUCGUGGUUAAUCAUGAAGUAAUGAUACACAGACAUAUAUUCACAUACAUACAUUAAGCAGCAACGUCAAUGACCCUUUUCAGCAGUUAGUAGUUAACAAGUACAUUAAUGUGUCGGUUACAUGAUUUAUACAUUACGAAAACAGAUUACGAAACUAGCUCACCGUGAACGAAUACCUUAACUUUUUUUUUUAUUAUUAUUAUUAUUCCAAUUCGAAUUAACUAAUGCAGUUGUUAACAUUAAUUAUGAACAAAUGCUUCAAAUAAAGCAAAAUGUAAUUAACUUUUCAUUAGCUAGUAGUUAACAAAUGCAUCAAUAUAGGAGUUGACUUGACUUUUUGCAUUGACAAAACAUAAUUAGUCGAUUAACAAAUACAUUAACUGUUUUUGUUUUUUUUAUUCCAAUAUGAAUUGUAGUAGUUAACAUGAAUGAAUGGUGUACAAAUGCAUUGACAGAACUGCAGAAAACUGUGACCUUAUUGUAAGGUGUUAAGGCUGGCAUGUUAUUUUCAUCGGAUACAAAUGUCCUGCAUUUUUAGCUCAGGCGAUAAACACGCCCUCUGCUCUCGCUUUGCUGUAACUAAGCCGUGUAUGAGCUUCACGCCAGAAGCCACUGCCUGAGAAUAGUUACAUUUCUAUACAGUAACAAAGUGUGUUUAGGCCUGGAGGACUGAAUCAUGCCCUUAAACAAGAAAAUCGAUCCGAUUUCAUGAGCCCCGAGGGUGGAAUUAAAGGCAUAAAAACAGCAGUGCCCCAAGUCACUGACUUCACGCCCUGUCUUUUUAAAGGCCAUAAACACAUAAAUGACAUGAUUUCAAACAUAAAGGAGU